UUGGGAACUCAUUUCGAUGAAGUUGCGGUGGGAUCAUUAAUCAAUGUGACCAUACAAGACGGCAAGACAGCUUUUUUGAAUUGCAAAAUUAAUUUAUUGCAAGAUAAAACGGUCUCCUGGGUUCGCCGGAUGUAUUAUUACGACUCGGAUGAUGAACCCCAACGCCAGGAACUUCAGUUGUUAACCGUCGGUACAAACACUUUCGUAGCCGAUACACGAUACUCGGUUGACUUUCAGUUCCCGAAUAACUUUAGGCUUAUGAUUCAAAAUGUUACGAAACGCGACGAGGGAAUUUAUGAGUGUCAGAUUUCCACUCAUCCACCGAAAGUUAUUCAAUAUUACUUGCAUGUUAAUGCACCCGAGCUGUUCAUCGCUGAUGAAAGCCAAAAGCCACUUUACGAACGUCAUUAUGAAGUUAAUUCGACACUUGAGUUAUAUUGUUACGUUCAUAACAUCGAAAUGACAUCAUCUGUGGUUUUAUGGAUUCAUAAUGAUCAUGUGCUAAACUACGAUGCGAUAAGAGGGGGCAUAAGCGUGAGAACUGACUUAACCGAAGAAGGUGCUAAUUCGACAUUAAGUGUAGCCAAAAUUAAUAAAUCGGAUUCUGGUAAUUAUACGUGCUCAAUUGGACCAACACACUCAUUUACAACAACUGUUCAUGUUUUGAAUGGUAAGUGA